CACAUAAAAAGAAUUAGGCCCCGUCGCCGCCGCCAGCGACGCCCCGCUCCCACGCAUCCCGCAGCGCGAGCCACUUCUCCGGCGGCACGCGCAGCCCGAGCAGCCGCGCCGUCCGCGAGAACCACGCCAGAAGCGACGCGUCGUCGCCGGCGUCGCCGUCCAGGCAGCCGUGGACGAGGCAGAAAAGCUCGCCCGUCACGGGGUGCGGCUCCCACGAGAGCACCGCGUCGCCCGCGAAAACGCGCCGGAUCUCCGCGGGCGACCGCGGCGCGCCGUCGUAGCGCGCGACGCGCAGCCGCAGCUCCGGCGAGCCGUAGGCCGUCGACGGGAGGAUGUGGUAUUCCCACUCGUCGAGCGAGGCGUCCCGUGGCGCGCAGGCUGCGUCCUCCUCCGAGGCGCAGCGCUCCGGCGCCGCCGCCGCGAUCGGCGCGCGGAAGUGGCGCUCCCACACGAGGUAGCCGUCGACGCACGCGGCGAGCGGGUGCGUCGGCGGCACGCGUUCGAAGCGCCAGGCCCAGGGGAACUGCGGUUCGACGCCUGCUGCCCAGGCGUCUCGCAGAGCGACGAAUGCCUGCGCCUCGCGCGACCAGUUUUGCAGGAGCGCCGGCAUACCAUCACAUGAAUGCUCUAUUCCUGUGGUUCCGCAGGAGUGUGGCCUUGCUGUGUGCGCCAGGACAAACUAUGUACUCACCGCAG